UAUAUAUACGGAAAGAAAAAUUAAGUUAAUCAUUAAUUAAAUGUAAUGAAAAUUGAAUUAUGACACUCAAGACGCUUAAAAAGUCAUAAAAGUUCUUUAAAAAAGAUAUGAAGAUGACAAAGUAGGCGAAAGUUGGGUCUCGCGGCGUUUAAAAUUUCAGAAAAUUUGGUCUGAGGUAGCAGGAAAACAUAUAUCAGGAGAGGAGGUUACUGAAAGUACACUAGGGAAUGAUGAGAGUCCAGUACCAGUGCGCUGAUUGGUCGGCUAUUCCGACCUCCCACGUUAUUGUCAUCUUUGCAUGAGGACGCUCUCAUUGGCUGGCGCCAUCAUUGUAGACACAGCCAAUCAGGUUUUCCCUCUACCCACGAAAGUAGAGAGUAAGGCCGAAAUCACAUGGUGGGGAAUAGAGCUGCGGAAUAGAACGUGCGUCAUAGAAGCAGCCAAUCAGAGCUCUGCCGCAUUAGAAUGCGUUGAUGCUCUAUUCCGCACUAUGUGAUUUCGGCCUUAUGCAUUAAAACUCUAGUAAACCUAUUCGCUAAUUCUGUACUCCUAAUAACUCCGGCGAUUUUUCGAAUCUCUCAUUCGGGCACACGACGCUAUUCCUCGCGUAAUAUCGAUCAACUUAGGUAGAGAAUCUUAAUCAGAAAGAUCAACUUAAUUAAAAGAUCAACUUAAGAAGUAAUUCCAAAAAAGUAUUUCCGAGGUUUUUUUUAAUGUAAUUAGAGAAAAAAAGCAAUCUUUUUCACGUAAAUUGUUACAAUAAAUUAAUAUAUAAUAAAUAAUUGCGUGAGUUUUUACAUAAAAGAAACGGCGUCAAAGCUUGCAGUUUUGAAUCACUAAACUGUGACAAUGAUUGAUAAUUUAUAUGAUGACUACGAAUAAAAAUAAGAAAGAAAAAGCGAAGAUGUCGUUUUGUCAUGCAGUGAAAGUGUUUAAUUCGGAUGUGAAUAAAAGUGGAGAGGGAAGAAAGUCACCCCGGUACAGGUAACGGCGGCAGACGGCACACGUUGCCAUUGAGCGAACCUUGAGUUUACCGCCAGUUCACGGUCGUUCGUCAACACUUCUACUUACCGUUUCUACUAGGAUCAUGCAUUUAAUUCUGGUUCUAACGUUUCUGGGAAGCACUACGUUGAUGAGCAACGCAGAAGAGAUCUGGCAGCAGGAUCUAUCUAAAGACAUGCAGAUAGGUGCAUCUGCUGAAGGCUACAAUCGCGUGGGAUUGCGAUGCGGUGUCGAAAGAAUGACCGUCGAGCUUAAAACUACAGAAGACUUUUCAGGGGUAAUUUAUACGCAGGGUAGCUUUCAUUCCCGAGAGCCAUCCUGCUUCCUCGAUCCGGUUCGCGGUCGAAGUUUCACCAUGAACAUUCCUCUAAACAAGUGCGAUACUGAAAAAGACGGUGACAAAUUCAGCAACGUCGUGGUGAUUCAGCACGAUGACGAACUAUUAACUCCAGGUGAUGCCGCUUUUACGCUAGAAUGCGAUUUCUCGAAGCCGCGUGAUCUCACUGUAACGGCGGAUCUCAAUGGGAGUAAGAAGAGAUCAAUCAGAUCGAGUAUAGCUCUCGUCGACGCCGAUCCGGGAAGCGACAGAAGAAAAAGAUCGGCGUACGUGGAAAGCUACGGGGACGAGGUUGCUUUUGUGCCGGAGCAAGCGUACCGUAAGGCAAACGACGAACUAAUGAGAAAAGGUGCUGUUUUAUUAAAUCUUACGAAUCAACAAACGCCGUCGAUUCUGGCAAACACGCAUGACGCAUUCUACACUCGAAUUGUUGCUGUUGCCUGUUAUUUAAUUUUUGUUGUUUAAAUAAAUUAUGUAAUUCCUUUGAGCGGAUUUCUCAUUUUCACGUGAUCUCUAUUUAUAUAUAUAUAACGUGUAAUUAUGUGCGACGUGUACAUGCGUGUACAAUCUAUCUUCAUUUCAAAGAUACGAUAUGUAACGAUAAUUUCACGGAUAACCCCUUGUCCUUCCUAUGAUUUGCAGUAUCACAUGGAAAUUUACAAGUCACUUAUCAACAUAUUGACCAAUACAUGAUCUUAAUAGCUAGUUCUAGCUAUUUUAAAGACCGCUGAAAAACAAUUAAAAAUACAUUUCUAAUAUGUGUUACAAGGCAGUUUUCACAACAGCCCUAAAAUUAUAAUGAAUACAUAAUCUAAUUGUGUAACGAUAAGGUCCUUCGUGUUAUUAUUAGGUCACCGUGAUAACGAUUGACAAAUGAUUUUUGCAUAUUCAUUAUCGUGCGAUAAUGAUUAUGCAGAAACGCAAAUUGCACAAUCUUAUACAAAAAUAAAUUACGUAAAUAUAUGAAUAACUUAUACACGAAUCAAGUCAACGUUAUGAUCAAAUUGUUCAUGUAACCGAUGUUGAAUAUGUUGAAAAUAUUUAAAA